UUCGCAGAGUAGCACUAGUCUAGAUAUCUAGAGUUAUUAGAGAUCUAGAAGACCAAAGUGGAGACUUCACACUUACACUAGCCUACAUCUAGUCCGAGUCUCCAAAUUCAGACUCUCUAGAUAGUAGAGAUAUACACUAUGAUAGACUCUAAUCUAUGUUCUAGUGGAUGAUUCUAGUUAAAUCUAGCAUUUUCUCUAGAAUCCAGAGAAUUGAUCUAGACUUCCUUGUCUGGAAAGAUCGCUACCAACUGGACAAUGUCUUCAGAAACAAAACAAAUUAGAUCAGCACUUUUCCAGUUAUCUUUUCCUUUCAUGGGAAAGAUAGUCUGCGGUCUUCCUCUUUUCGCAACAUUUUUUUGUGUUCUCUGGUCAGUUUUAUUUGACUUUGAAAAAGCCACAGCAACUCAUUGCAGGGUGAACAACUAUCUACCUUCAAUCAGCGCUGCUAUUGGAGGAUUUACACCCCAGCGCUAUGUUUGGAGAAUUUGUAUCGCUUUUCAUGCAGCCCCUCGUCUUAUGAUUGCCUGGGCCUACUACAACUUUCAUACCUCAGUGCAUGCUGGGAAACACAAUGAACUUUACAAGGCUGGUGCAGCUUUGACAAGUCUCUGUCAUGUGAUAGAGGUUACUGCCCUUGUUGGACUGACAUAUAUAUCUUCUUUAGACAAUCAUGGCCUUCAUGAAACACUCUUUAUAGUAUUUAUGGCCUCCUCUCUGGUCUACAUGCUGCUGACUAUACUUCUGUUUUACUGGGGACGCUCACGCAAUGGCAGUUUCCUGACGCUAGAGGAGUCCAGAUCCUUCUCAUGGAAACAAAGAUUGUUCCUUACAAAUAUCUCCAUAUUUUUAUUCUCUGUCUACGUUUUCUUUAGACACAACUGGUACUGUGAACCUGGAGUCUACACAAUCUUUGCAGCCUGUGAGUACACAGUCGUGGUCACCAACAUUUGUUUUCAUUACACUGCUGUCCUAGAUUUCAGAUGUCAGAAGUUUUUGUUGACAGGCUCUGGUGACAUGGGCUAUUUACCUUACACGUAAUAACUAUUGUAAAACAAAACAUAUUUAUUGUUUUUAAUGAUAAACUCUUAAAAUGUAAAUAUAUAUAUAUAUAUGUUGGUGUAUGAUGAUAGAUCUAGAAUGUUUGUUUAAGAUUACUCUAGUGUACAUUCAGUUUGACUGGUGGAUGAUUUGACAUUCCAUUGCAUGCGUACAAAAACAUUAAUGUCAUUGUUCAUUAUUUCAUAAUAAAUUCAUUGUCACAGUUCUUUAUAUUUCA